AUGAAGAGAUCGGAGAAUCUAAGUCGAGAACCUGAAGUGCACAAGAAAUUACACAUAAUGUCUCAAACCCCUCAUACUGAUAACGAAACGCUCUUCAAACCUGUGGGCGACUCGGUUCAGGAAAUAGACCAAAAUGAACAAUCAGACAGUGUCACACCUCAUAAGACUGGUGCAGCCGAUGCUGAAGGACAUCCCGUUCAAGAAAUUGAGUCUUUGUGUAUGAACUGCCAUGAGGAUGGUAUCACAAGACUUCUAUUGACAACAAUACCAUACUUCCGCGAAAUCGUUCUAAUGUCCUUUGAGUGUCCUCAUUGUGGGCUAAAGAACUGCGAGAUCCAGCCUGCCUCGCAGAUAAUGGAAAAGGGCUGCAAAUAUAUGCUGAAAGUUGAACAGAAGGAAGACUUCAACCGCGAGGUCAUCAAGUCCGAAACUGCAAUCUGCAAGUUCCAAGAACUCGAUAUCGAAAUUCCAGCUAAAAGGGGCCAACUGACUACGGUUGAGGGACUGCUGAGUGAGAUGCUCACUGACUUAGCCGCUGACCAACCUGCAAGAAAGGCUAUCGACGAAAGUUUAUACGAGCAAAUCGAAGCAUUCAUUACCAAAGUGAGAUCCUAUCUGAAUUGCGAACCUGAUACUCUGCCGCUGACUUUCACCUUGGAUGAUCCCGCUGGAAAUUCGUGGAUUGAAUACAAACCUGGCGAACCAGCACAUAAAUGGUCGCAGACUCAAUAUGUCAGAUCAGGGGAACAAAACGUUCUGGUCGGUAUUAUCUCACAGGACCAGCUAGAGCAGCAAUAUAUGGAGGAACGUGCCAAGAUCGCAGAUAAGGACAGAAACCCAUCCGAAGCUCAGAAACCCACAUUUUUAUCAGACGAGACGGAUAUUGAGAAUUUCAAUAAUGAGGUUCAAACAUUCUCUGCCACUUGCCCAUCAUGUAACCAUCCUUGCGAUACUCAUAUGAAGCCUGUUAACAUCCCACAUUUCAAAGAAGUCAUCAUCAUGUCUACUGUCUGCGAACAUUGCGGCUAUAAAUCAAAUGAAGUGAAGACCGGGGGUGCUAUCCCAGACAAGGGCAGAAAAAUUACUUUGGUAUGUGAUGAAGCAGAGGAUCUUUCGCGUGAUAUCUUAAAGAGUGAAACUUGUUCAAUGACUAUUCCCGAGCUUAAUUUGGACAUUCAACAGGGUACUUUGGGAGGUAGAUUCACUACUUUAGAGGGUCUUUUGCAACAGGUUUACAGUGAGCUAAAAACCAGAGUUUUUACACAGACUUCAGAUUCCAUGGAUGCCGAAGCCAAAACCCGCUGGGAAAAGUUUUUCGGCAAACUACAAGAUGGUAUAAAUGGAAAGGUUAAGUUUACAGUCAUAAUGGAAGAUCCCCUAGCCGGGUCUUACAUUCAAAACGUCUAUGCUCCAGAUCCAGAUCCUAACAUGACUUUAGAGGACUAUGAAAGAACGGAGGAACAAAACGAGGACUUGGGUCUCAAUGGCAUGAUAACAGAUUGA